AUGUGACCAUUUCAAGAUGGCCGCGCCCUUGCCCUUGUAGUCGUGAGGCGGAUAGUUUGUGUAAUUACAGCCAGAUCCUCCACGUAGAGUUGUCCGUACUCUCGAAACAAGACAUCUCAUUCUUCCGACCCGUCCACUAGCUUAACAUCAUGGACAAGGACAAUCUUAUUCUCCCAAAGGACUUUCCUGAACUCACCAAUGACACGUUCUUGCGAGCAGCGCACGGCGAGGAAGUUGAGCACGUUCCGGUCUGGUGUAUGCGACAAGCCGGUCGCUACCUGCCAGAAUUUAGGGAAUCCAGAGCAGGGAAAGAUUUCUUCGAGACUUGCCGCUCCCCUGAAGCCUGCUGUGAGCUUACGUUACAGCCGCUGAGACGUUUUCCUCUCGAUGCUGCAAUCAUCUUUUCGGACAUCCUGGUAGUGCCGCAGGCCUUGGGCAUGGACGUCCAGAUGACUCCAGGAAAGGGUCCCACAUUCCAGGAGCCGCUGAAGGAGCCUGAGGACCUGCAGAGGCUCCGGGCCAAAGUGGAUGUGGACGCUGAGCUCGGAUACGUCUUCAGGGCCAUCACACUGACCCGGCACAAGCUGGAGGGCAAAGUCCCUCUCAUCGGCUUCAGCGGCGCACCGUGGACUCUGAUGUCCUACAUGAUCGAGGGAGGUGGUUCUGUCACCCAGUCCAAGGCAAAGCGCUGGUUGUACAGGCAUCCAGAGGCCAGCCACAGGCUCCUCCAGCUCCUCACGGACGUCAUCGUCGAGUACCUGCUGGGCCAGGUGAAGGCAGGCGCACAGGCCCUGCAGGUGUUCGAGUCCCACGCUGGCUGCCUGGGCCCGGUGCAGUUUAAAGAGUUUGCACUGCCUUACCUGCGGGACAUUGCGAUGCGGGUGAAGGGCAAGCUGAAGGAGUCUGGCCUGGAUAACGUGCCUAUGAUUGUGUUUGCAAAGGAUGGCCACUACGCCCUGGAAGACCUCUCUCAGUCCUAUUAUGAGGUGGUAGGUUUGGACUGGACCAUUGAUCCAUGCUUGGCACGUAAGAGAACAGGAGGGAGUGUCAGUCUCCAGGGCAACAUGGACCCCUGUGCACUCUACGCCACUAAAGAGCGCAUUUCCGAGAUAGUGAAGCGCAUGGUGGAGGCGUUCGGCACCAGGGGCUACAUCGCCAACCUCGGCCAUGGCCUGUACCCCGACAUGGACCCCGAGAGCGUGGGCGCCUUCGUGGACGCUGUCCACACCCACUCCCGGCAGCUCGCCAAACGCGUCUAGUCGCUCGGCCGUGUUCGGCAAGCGCUCUGGGUCUUAGCCAAGCUGUUUUGUUUUGGGUUUUUUUUAAUCCCACGUCCUUAGCUGCUCAGCAGUCAGUUAUAGACAAAGCAAUGAUGACUGGCAAGAAUGACGGAACCACUGAAGUGGGUUAGGAGCCGACCCCACUGACCCCACCUCUGGCUGCAUCACAGUCAUGAAACCGAGGGACCGUCUUAAGGCGGAGGCUGAUCCAAAAAAGCUAACCUGACUAAAAGUAGAUGAACAAGUUGGCAUGAGCUCCUUUAUUGUUAGCAUUUUGGGUCAGCGCAUCCCUUUAAGCACUACAUAUAUAUGGAUGUUUUUAUAUUUAGCCAAAUAAAAAAUAAAGCCAUUUAAUAGCCUG